AUGCUAAAAUCAUGUGAUGUGAGUUCACUUGGGCGGGACAUGGAGAUAAACCCGUCCUUUGCUCCUCUGCCAAAGAAAGGGGACGUGGAGAGCAAUAACAGGGGUUGUGUGACGGAGACACCCGUUUACCCAUCUCUCAAUUCCAUCGCCAUCUCGGGAGUCAUGCUAGAGAACCUCCCCCACGAAAUCAUCCAGCUGAAGCAGCAACAGCAGCUAGAACAGCAGUUCCUCCUACAGCACUUCCAGGCUCAACGGAGGCAGAUGUACCAGGAACACGAGAAGCAGCUUCAGGAACAAAUCAAGAUGUAUUUGGAGAAGCAGAGUGCGCAAAUGGAGGAAGAGGCAAGGCUGGCGGCGGAGAGGGAGAAGGAGAAACUGGAAGCCUUGAAGAACAAGGACGAACGCGAUCAGAGUGCCAUCGCCUCAUCUGAAGUCAAACAGCGUCUACAGGCGGAGGAAGUGGCGGCGCUGGGGCUGGAUCACCCACAUUACGAAGUUUCAAAAGAUAUUCGGGAUGGGAAAGGCGUGCAUCGGAAAGUUGCCCAUCUUAACUGGAAAGUUCCGCUCCUCUCUGGAACCAAUUUGCUUUGA